GGGCCUGGCCUGGGCUGGGGCGGGGCUCCACAGUGGGCGGGGCUUCCUCGAGUUCCGGAGUCCAGUCGCUGGCCGCCUUGCUGGAGCGGAGAUGCAGCCACCGCCCCGAAAAGUGAAGCCGGCCCAGGAGGUGAAGCUUCGCUUCCUGGAACAGCUGAGCAUCCUUCAGACCCGGCAGCAGAGGGAGGCGGAUCUGCUGGAGGACAUCAGAUCCUACAGCAAGCAGAGGGCAGCCAUUGAACGGGAGUAUGGGCAGGCACUCCAGAAACUGGCUGGCCCAUUCCUGAAGAGGGAAGGGCACCGGAGCGGCGAGAUGGACGGCAGGACAGUGUUCGGUGCCUGGCGCUGCCUGCUGGAUGCCACCGUGGCUGGGGGCCAAACCCGGCUCCAGGCGUCCGACCGAUACCGUGACCUAGCAGGGGGUACAGGGCGGAGCGCCAAGGAGCAGGUGCUUAGGAAGGGAACAGAGAACCUCCAGAGGGCGCAGGCUGAGGUGCUGCAGUCUGUCCGGGAGCUGAGCCGAAGUCGGAAGCUGUAUGGGCAGCGCGAACGUGUGUGGGCCUUGGCACAGGAGAAGGCAGCUGAUGUCCAGGCCAGGCUAAACCGAAGUGACCAUGGGAUCUUCCACUCUCGGACCAGUCUCCAGAAACUGAGCACCAAGCUGUCUGCCCAGUCAGCCCAGUACUCCCAGCAGCUGCAAGCCGCCCGCAAUGAGUACCUGCUUACCUUGGUGGCUACCAAUGCCCACCUCGACCAUUACUACCAGGAGGAACUGCCAGCUCUGCUCAAGGCCCUUGUCAGUGAGCUGUCAGAACACUUGAGGGACCCCCUGACCUCCCUCAGCCGCACUGAGCUGGAAGCUGCAGAGGUCGUCCUGGAGCAUGCCCACCAUGGGGAGCAGACAACCUCCCAGGUAAGCUGGGAGCAAGACCUGAAGCUGUUUCUUAAGGAGCCUGGUGUAUUUUCCCCCACCCCACCUCAGCAGUUUCAGCCAGCAGGGACUGAUCAGGUGUGUGCCCUGGAGUGGGGAGCAGAAAGCAUGGCUGGUGAGAGUGGCCUGGAGAAAGAGGUUCAGCGGUUGACCAGCCGAGCUGCCCGUGACUACAAGAUCCAGAACCAUGGGCAUCGGGUACUGCAGCGACUGGAGCAGAGGCGGCAGCAGGCUUCAGAACGGGAGGCUCCAGGCAUAGAACAGAGGUUACAGGAAGUGCGAGAGAGCAUCCGCCGGGCACAGGUGAGCCAGGUGAAGGGGGCUGCCCGGCUGGCUCUGCUGCAGGGGGCUGGCCUAGAUGUGCAGCACUGGCUGAAGCCAGCCAUGACCCAGGCCCAGGAUGAGGUGGAGCAGGAGCGACGUCUCAGCGAGGCUCGGCUGUCCCAGAGGGACCUCUCUCCAACUGCUGAGGAUGCUGAGCUUUCUGACUUUGAGGAAUGUGAGGAGACAGGAGAGCUCUUUGAGGAGCCUGUCCCCCAAGCCCUGGCCACUAGGCCCCUCCCCUGCCCUGCACAUGUGGUAUUUCACUAUCAGGCAGGGCGUGAGGAUGAGCUGACAAUCACGGAGGGUGAGUGGCUGGAGGUCAUAGAGGAGGGAGAUGCUGACGAAUGGGUCAAGGCUCGGAACCAACACGGUGAGGUAGGCUUUGUCCCUGAGCGGUAUCUCAACUUCCCGGACCUCUCCCUCCCAGAGAGCGGCCAAGACAGUGACAAUCCCUCUGGGGCAGAGCCCACAGCAUUCCUGGCACGGGCCCUGUACAGCUACACUGGACAGAGUGCAGAGGAGCUGAGCUUCCCUGAGGGGGCGCUCAUCCGUCUGCUGCCCCGGGCCCAAGAUGGAGUAGAUGACGGCUUCUGGAGGGGAGAAUUUGGGGGCCGUGUUGGGGUCUUCCCCUCACUGCUGGUGGAAGAGCUGCUUGGUCCCCCAGGGCCACCUGAACUCUCUGAACCUGAACAGAUGCUGCCGUCCCCUUCUCCUCCCAGCUUCUCCCCACCUGCACCUACCUCUGUGUUGGAUGGGCCCCCUGCACCUGUCCUGCCUGGGGACAAAGCCCUGGACUUCCCUGGGCUCCUGGACAUGAUGGUACCUCGACUCAGGCCGAUGCGUCCACCACCUCCCCCGCCGGCUAAAGCCCCGGAUCCUGGCCACCCAGAUCCCCUCACCUGAAGGCCAGGGAAUCCUUGACCCCCGGUGAUGCUGCUGUCCCUAUCUUCAAGCUGUCAGACCACACCCUCAAUGAUCCAGAGCAACACAGCCAAAACCUGGAAUCUCCCUUAUUUCCACCCUCACCUCCAAGGGUAGAAACUUGCCCCUUCCCAUUUCUGGGACUGGAGCCCACUCCUUUUUUUCCCAUUGUCCUAUCAUCUCUAGGACUGGAACUACUCCUUUCUCUUCUGCCAUCACCCUAUCUAGGGUGGUGAAAUGCCUGAAAUCUCUGGGGCUGGAAACCAUCUAUCAAAGUCUCUAGUGGUUCUGGCCCACCUCUUUCCCCACCCUGGCUCCGUGACCCACCCCACUCUGGAUGCCAGGGUCACUGGGGUUAGGCUGGGGAGAGGAACAGGCCUUGGGAAUCAGAAGGCGCUGGAGCCAGGAUGCGAAGCAGCUGUAAUGGUCUGAGCGGAUUUAUUGACAAUGAAUAAAGGGCAUGAAGGCCAGGCCAGGGCCUGGGCCUCUUGUGCUAAGAGGG